AAGUUUCCCAAUACGCGUCCGAUUUGUUUCUGUACCAGUGUUAGUUUCGAACAUCACAGAACAGAAAGCCAAAAAAAAGAAAAAAGAAUGGCGUCUUCACGUCCCCCACCGUCGAAGUCCGUAGAUCUCGACCUCACCAUCGUCUCCGCCAAACAUCUCAAAAACGUCAACUGGAAAAACGGCGAUCUCAAACCCUACGUCGUCUUCUGGGUCGAUCCCGACCGUCGUCUCGCCACCAAAUCCGACGACUCCGGCAACACUUCCCCCGUCUGGAACGAACGAUUCACCCUCCCUCUCUCACUUCCUCUCCCUGACUCCUACCUCACCCUCGAGAUCUUCCAUUCCAAACCCUCCGAUACCCCCAAACCCCUCGUCGCCACCCUCCGCCUCCCCCUUAAAGACCUCCACGAACUCAACCACUCCACCAUCAACCGCAAGUUUCCUGUUGUACGACCCUCCGGCCGCCCUCACGGCAAGGUUCACCUCAAGCUCGCUCUCCUCGGCCGCUCUCCUCCUCCUCCACCGCAGCAACAAACCUACGAUUACACCAACCCUAAUUAUAAUCCCAAUCCUAACCCUAAUCCCAACCCUAACCCUAAUUCCAAUCCAUCCUUAGUCUAUUACAGAGGAUACUCCUCUUCACCUUCUCCAUACCCUAUACCCUACUCUUACCCUGAUACCCUCCCUGGCGGUUACUAUCCUGCUCCCACCGGCUAUUAUUCCGGUGCAUCUUACCCUCCUCCACCACCGAGGCCUUUCUUUGAUCGUACCGGAAGUUAUGCAGCUGGGCCCAGUGGACCAUCUGCCCCGCUUGAAUUUUCCUCCUCGUUUGAUCCGAGGCCCAAAGGCGGUAAGAUGGGUCUAGGUGCUGGGCUGGCUGUUGGUGCUGUUGCAGGGGCGAUGAGCGGGAUUGCCCUAGAAGAGGGGAUGAAGUAUGAAGAGCGCAGGCUUGCGGAAAUGGUUGAAAGUGAUGUUGCUUCUGCUAGAGAUGAUUAUGGUGAUGCUCAUUACCGAGAUUAUUAAGUUCUUAGCUGUGCUGGUGUUUGCUAAUGUUUGGAGUAUGCUGAAAUUAUAUAUGAUGUAUAUAUUUCAAUCAGUGUUGGAUUGAAUGCUUAUGUUUUGCUUUAUUUGAUGCAAGAUGAUUAUGAAGUAAGUAAGCAAAUGUUUAUCACGUGAUGUGAUGAUUUGGAAUUGUUCAUCCGGGUUUUUAUUGUUAUGAAAAUUAAAUAAAUUGGUUUUGCUUUGA